AUGGUAAAAAUCGAUAUUAUAGUUGUAGGAAAUUAAGGUUUUUUUAUAAAUAAAAUAAAUUAUAAAAAUGAUUAAAAAAUAUUGAAAGGGGCAGGAAAAACCUGUUUAAUUAAUAGAUAUUUAUAAGAUGACAAAGAAUAAGAAAUUGGUUUUAUUAAAAUAUUUUAUUUAUAUUUAUGCAAAAACAAAUAAAAAAAAGAUUCAUAAGCAUUUACAUAUAAAUAUGAACCAACAAUAGGUUUAAAUUUAGUUACAAAAACAAUAUAAGUAAAUGAAAAUAAAAUAAAAAUUUGUAUUUGGGAUACUGCUGGAUAAGAAAAGUAUUUUGCUUUAACGAAAAAUUAUUUUUAAAAAGCAGAUGGUAUAAUAUUAACAUUUGAUUUGACUGACAAGUAAAGUUUUAAUAAAAUAUAAGACUAUUGGAUUUAAUAAGUAAUUGAUAAAACAGAGCUUAAUGUAAAAAAAAUACUUGUUGGCAAUAAAGUUGAUUUAUAAGAAGAUAGAUAAGUAUAAACAUUAAUUGCAGCUGAAUUAGCAUAAUAGUAUAAAAUGAAUUAUUUUGAAACUAGUGCAAAAACAGGAGAAUGUGUAUCUUUGGCAUUUGAAACUUUAGCAAAAUAAUGCGCUUUUGCAAUAUAAGACUAAAAAUUAAAUCCUUAGAAAUCUCCAUAAACAGUUGUUAUAACACAUCAUUAAGAAAAAAAGAAAAAUUGUUUUGAUAAAAUGAAAGAAAUAUCAAGUAAAUUAUAUGCUUAAUUAGGAUUUAAUUAAAAACAAUGA